AUGAGGCAACCCCUUAUUUGUUCAGGUCACUCAAGACCAGUUUCAGAUUUAUCAUUUAGUAAUGAAAAUUCAGAUGGUAGUUUUAUAGUUUCUGCAUGUUUAGAUGGGUCACCAAUGCUCAGAAAUGGUGAGAAUGGUGAUUGGAUUGGAACUUUUGAAGGCCACAAAGGCGCAGUUUGGUCAUCAAGAUUCAAUUCUACAGCUUCUCAAGCAUUGACAGCAUCUGCUGAUUAUACAGUUAAAUUAUGGGAUACAUUAAACGGUAGUGAAAUACUUUCAAUUGAACAUCAAUCAAUAGUAAAGACAGCAGAUUUUUCAAAUAAUAAUAGUAGAGUUGUUACAGGUGGUAGUGAAAAGAUACUUAGAAUAUUCGAUUUAGAGAGACCAAAUGACCCAUUACUUCAAAUUUCAGGACAUACAAAUACGAUUAAAACAGCAACAUGGAGUGUACAUAAUGAUGAUAUUGUCUUGAGUGGUGGUUUAGAUGAGGUAAUUAGAAUAUGGGAUUUAAGAAGUGGUACACAAGUUUCUUUAUGCGCAAAAUCUUCAAUCACAAGUAUGGAAUUUAGUAAAGAUAGAAGGUUUUUAGUUACAACCGCUGGUAAUGAAGUAACUUUUUGGGAUGCUCAAUCGUUCUAUCCAUUAAAAGUUUACUCAUUACCAUUUGAUGUUAAUUGUGCAUCAUUACAUCCUGACAAUUCAAAAUUCAUUGCUGGUGGUAGUGAUUUUUGGGUUCACGUUUAUGAUUUUAGCACUGGCAAUGAAAUUGAAGUGAAUAAAGGACAUCAUGGUCCUGUCAAUUGUUGCCGUUUCUCUCCAGACGGAGCAUCAUUCGCAAGUGGUUCAUUAGAUGGUACAAUAAGAUUAUGGAAAGGAAUGUAA